AUGGCUUCGAUGAGCACCAAAACAACACUGAUAAUGUUCUGCGUUGCUGCUGCCAUGUUUGUUGCUGCUUCUGCUCAGGAUGUUUCAUCUCCAGCACCAUCACCUGACAAAGGAGCUGCGUCAAUUGUGCCUGUGAUUGUUGACUUUCAACUUCAUGGUCUCGCUGCCUUGCAUUUUUCAAAGAAAUCGGCGUUCUUUGAGAUGCAUGUGGAUUUUCUUUCUGCUGGUGGAUGUAGUUCUUCUACAUUCAGCGACAACGACAACAAUUUAGAACUGAUUAGGAUAAAAAAGUAUGUCGGGAGGCACACUUGUGGAGCUGGUGUGAAAUUGAGAAGUCCUAAAGUAUCGAAGAAGCUGUGGGUGAAUUCAUUAAAAGAAACAAAUCCUGGCUCUUAUGUGGAUUUUCAGUUUAACGAUGCAACUCAGACAUUUGAAAGGUUAUUCAUUGCAAUAGGCUCUUGUAUUGAAGGUUAUAGACUUUGUCGACCAAUGAUUUUUGUUGAUGCAACUUUUCUGACCGGGAGAUUUAGAGGUACCCUUAUGGCUGCUACUUGUCUGAAUGGGAAUCAAGGUUUUUAUGCACUAGCCUUUGCAUUGGUCCCAGGAGAGGAUGUUGACAAUUGGGAUUGGUUUAUGCGCAAUCUUAGCAACAUUGUUGAUGACCGUCCUAUCACCUUUAUGUUUGAUCGUCAUGAAGGAUUGUUGAGGGCUAUUCCUAAACACUUUCCUACUUCCCAUCAUGGCUAUUGUUACUACCACUUGCAAGGAAACUUACCAAUCAGGAAAUCGGACGAGAAGUACAAAGAAGUUAUGGCUUGUUUCAAAAAAGAAACUUAUGCUCUCACACCAGCAAGAUAUGAAGAAGCACUAAUAUUUGGUCAGAUUACAUCAAGCGUUGCUGAGCCCUUCAAUAAUUGGAUUCGGAAAGACAAGAGGUUGCCUGCCUGCGCCCUCGUUGACAUGAUCAGGUUACGCGUUAUGGAGUCGAUGAAUGAACGUCGCGAAAUGAGUCUGUUGAUGGACCAGAGAAUCUCACUCCUACCUGCGAGGCGUUACUUAAAGAACAUAUUCAAAUUGGUCGAGUUUGGAAUGUUACUCAGUCAUCUGCGUAUGAGUGUGAGAUUCAUUCGCCUAGUGCUGCAUAUAUGUACUGCUUUUAAGUUAUUUGUGUUGAAAAGCUUUUUGCGCAUCUGCAGGUCUCACACAGGUGAUCGAUACGUAGAUUAUAUCGAAGACUACUUCAAAGUUACAAAUUUUCAGCAGCUGUAUUCAAUUGCUAUCAGACCAAUCCCCAACUACAACAGGCCAGAGCAGUAUCUGCUAGAGGAUACUAUUUUCCACCCCAUACACGAGUUCCACCAGGUUGAUUUCCAAGUCAUUGUGGCUGUUCAGGAUUUUUGGAGUACAACUAUUAUGUACCCUAAGUUCUUCUAG